AUGAGAUUAUUAAAAGUUGUGAUAUAAAUAAAAUUCACAUUUAUAAUGCAAAAAAAAACGCUGUUAAAUAGAUAGGUGAUUCUAGAAUGGUUUGAAUAACCAGAUGAAGCAUUUGCAGACACUCUUCUAAAAGAUUAUUAAUUCUCAUUCUCAAAUUUACCUGGCAAAGAAGAAAUUUAAUCAACUUUAUGCUCAGUAGAAAAAGCUUAUAAUAGCAAAAGAGGUGCUUGGACUCCUUGCUAAGAUAAAUUUCUAAAUUUAGCUGUUUUGGGAACAUGCUUAAAAGACAAGAAAAAACCUAUAGAACUGGUAAAUUGUUGACUUUAUUAGUUUUAAUAGUCUUCAUAAUAAUGGGAAGAGAUUUCUAAAUUGUUUCGUUUUCAUAAUUGGAAAGCUUGUAGAAAUCGUUGGCUAGAAGAAAGUCGUAAAAAAGCCACUUGGACACCUUUAGAAGACAAAGUUUUAAGACAACUACAAUAGUUUAAACCAAAUAAAUGGUGUGAGAUUGCUAUAGAUUUAAUGAGAAUCUGUAAGACUCCCUAUUUAAGGUAAGGAAAAUCCUGUCGCGAUAGAUGGGUAAAUAAACUUGAUCCAAAUAUAAUCAAGUAAAUUUCUUUUUUUAUUUAAAUAUAGUAAUCCAUGGACAAAGGAAGAAGAGCUUCUAUUAUUUCGAGAAAUAGAAAAAAGAGGAAAAAAAUGGGCUGAAAUUUCACUUUAAGUCUUUUAGUUGAGAAGAACAGAAAAUAAUAUUAAAAAUAGAUAUUAUAAUAUAUUAAAACAAGCUGAAUCAUAAAAUAACUUUGUAAGAAUAACCAAAGAAUAAAAAAAUAAAUUUUUAGUGGAUUCAAUCAUUAAACAAUUAGAAAAAACAGUCUCUUUUGAAAUCAAAUAAGAAGGAACAGUAAAAUUAGAAUAAAUAAACUACAGACUAGAACAAUUUGAUUUUAAUGAUUUAAAUGAUUAUGAAGACAUUGUCAUUUUAUUCAAGAAGAAAUUAGUAAGAUUAAAUGAUUAGAACUGA